CUCGUCCACGAUUCAGCAAGUGACGGUUUGAUAUUCUACUCAUACUCUAGCUAUUCACGCGACCGCCGAACUGCAAACAAUGUCAGGCGACAGUGCGGUGGACAUCGGCCAGCUGUCCCCGGAACAACAGCAGGCCUUGCAGCAAUAUACAGAUGUUACCGGGCAGGAGAUCACGGAUGCUAUUCCGUUACUUGAACGGUCGCAGUGGAAUGUUCAGAUAGCAAUAGCCAAGUUCUUCGACGGCGAAGGGCCCGACCUGGUUGCCGAAGCCCAAGCAGCACAGAACCAAGUUCCUAGGGUUGCCGGUAGGCAUGAGACAUUACACGAAACCGUCUGGUCGGAUAUCGCGCACCAGCAUGGGCUACACCGCGCGAAUCGAACACCGCCCGCCCCGCGUGUGGUGCCCCCGAGGCCCGUUACAUACCAAACCCCAUCACUGAUUUCAUUCCUCUUGUCGCCUUUCCGGAUGGUUUUACGAGUCUUUGCCAGUCUGUUUCGCCCUUUACUCUACAUACUGUCCUUUAUUCCGCAGUCUCUGCGGCCCCAUGCUUUAACAGCAUCAUUCCGAAAAUCUCGGCGGAGCUUGCUUCCCAAAGAGACGGCUGGGCGAUUUAAACGAGAAUUUGAGGAGUAUUAUGGCACGCAUGAUCUGAUCUUCUUUGACGGCGGACAUGCCCAAGCUUUGGACACCGCAAAGAAAGAUCUCAAGUUCUUGUUGACGAUACUGAUUUCACCAGAACACGAUGACACCGACUCAUUCAUCAAAGAUACGCUUCUCGACCCCGAGGUCGUGGCCUUCAUCAACGAUCCCGCCAACAACAUCAUAAUCUGGGGAGGAAAUGUACUGGACUCUGAAGCUUAUCAAGUUUCCAUGGAGUACAUGUGCACCAAGUUUCCGUUUUCAUGCUUGGUGUGCCUCACGCCGAAAGAGGGAAGCACGCGGAUGGGAAUCGUGAGGCGUAUUGCAGGGCCUGUUUCUCCGUCCGUCUUCAUUGCUGGGAUCCGGGGAGCGACUGAAAAGUACGCGCCUGAUCUUGACAGUGUUCGCGCCGAGCGCGCGGCACAGGAUAUGGCCCGUAACUUGCGAUCUGAGCAGGAUUCGGCUUAUGAACGGUCGCUUGCUAUUGAUAGAGAACGAGCACGACAACGGCGAGAGGCAGCGGCAGCUGCUGCCGAGGCGGAGAGGCGCGCACGAGAAGAGGCUGAGGCAGCGGAGCGAAAGGAAAAGCUACGCCAGCAGUGGAGAAGAUGGCGUGCUACGACUAUUGCCGCUGAGCCUGAUGUCUCGGUAAAGGAUGCGGUCCGUCUGGCGCUUAAUAUGUCGCAGUCGUCCGGAAGGGGGAGAGUCACGCGGAAGUUUGCCCCUGACGCGUCACUGGAGGAUGUCUAUGCAUUUGUCGAAUGCUAUGAUUUGCUUUACCCUGAGAACGAAGAGGAGAAGGGAGAUGUGGAAGAGAGCACAGAUAAGCCUGAAAAUUAUGAGCACAAGUACGCGUUCCGGAUUGCGUCCGUGAUGCCAAGGGAGGUUUUUGAACCUACCGCGUCAGUUACUAUCGCUCAAAAAAUGGGCAGGGGAGGCAACUUGAUCGUGGAGGAUCUUGUUGAUGAGGAAGAGGAGGAAUGACGGCCGCUUGGUUGGGACUCAGAGCUUGCGGCAUCGUUGUUGGCGAGGCAUUGUAAAACAGAGUGAUUAAUGGUAGCCUGACGCCUCAUCGUUGUGUAGUAUAAAGGGCUUGGACAUUCGGUUACAGUGUGGAGGCUUUUAUAUGUGAAAUCCACUGCCUGACUUCCCAUGGCUGAAGGACAGUGUACUCUUAUAUGAUGUGGUCCAAGGCUGGAUAGUAUUUUAAAGCCGGGAUUAUUAUACCACAACGUAUUCGAGGCAGGC